ACAUUAUGUAAUGUAAUCGUUCCUUAAUAUUGUUGCAAAGUUUUGAUUAUUAGUUGGAAUUUUACACACAAAAAAAUGUUUUUAUUAGUGUUAGUUUGUCUUAUAACUUUUAACUAAUGAGAUUUAAAUAAUGUAGGAAGUCUAGGCGGUGUGUUACAAAAUCUAUACAAGCUUGUAUACCUUUCUUUGUUCUUGCACGUAAAGAAAUCAAACUGUUCAGCUGACAUAUAUAAAUAUGAAAUCAACAAGUAGAUAAAUUAAACAAUAAUUAGACUAAAGGGCCAAAUUGUGCCAGACCUACAAGCUUCAUGUACCCCCCUCCUCCUAGGCUCCUACAUUCAUAUAUAUAUAGAUGUCACAUUUGAAAGGAUUUGACAAACAAAAAGUCUAAAUUAAUACGAUUUUUAGCUUCUCACGUCUUUCUUUUCAAUAAGAUCAACCUACUCUUCAUCAAGCUCUUCUCUCAGAAAGAUCAAAUGGAAAACUCAGCACUAAGCAAUGUCGUGAGGCGAACAGUAAUCUCUAAUCAACAGAGAACAAUACAAGAGGGUCUAGAAGAGAGUAGUUGGGAUAUGUACGUUGAAACCGAAGAUGGUAUCAGCCAUUAUGAAGAUUCUUCCAUGAUCUCAGAUGCUGCGUCUCCUAUAAUCUAUGUCGAAGAAGACACGGCUUCAUCUCCGUCUAACAGAACCAAGGGUUGCAGUGAAAUGGAGAACAAUACGACAGAAAUAAAAAUCAUGAACAAUUCUAAAACUGAGGUAAGAAACUUUCAACCAAUUCUAAAACUAUAUAUAUAUUCUUUCUUUUUUUGAUAGAAUAUAUUCUUAAUAUAUAAAUUAUUGUUUAUUUAUAGGAGAAAGGAUUGAAUAAGAAAGGGAUAAUGAAUGAAGAAUAUUGCGUAGAAUUGAAGAAGAGAGGACUUUGUUUAGUGCCUUUGUCGAUGUUGUACACCUACAUUGGUUGAUACUUCGACUGUUUUUAAUCGUAAGCUUUUAUUCUUUUUUUUUGUGAUUAUUUUCUGUAAAAUCUGUUGAAGACUAGUAAAUUUAGUGCAAGUCGAAAUAAUGAUGGAUGAUGUAUUGUAUGUGUAAAUUGUACAAGCAAGAGUGAAGAUUUGUAAAACAUGUCCAAGCAUGUUAAUAUAAAGUUAGCAUGUUUCCAUGUGUAAUAAAAUGUUAUCAUGCCUUCAUGCGUGUCACAAUAUUUGGUACAUGUAUAUAUGACUACUUUUGGAACGCCUUGUAGUUCAAAUGACUGAAUUUUCCUGACUUUUAAAAAAGUUCCGAUU